CCCUGAACAAAGCUCUGGAGCUGCUGCAGCCAAAGGAGCAGAUCCCUGGGGAUUUCCGGGCUCCUCGGCAUCUCCUCACGCAGUCUCUCCCGCAGGUACAGCCCCUGUCCCCAGCCUGUCCUGAGGAGACACUGACUCCAGCUGCCCUUUCGUUCCAGCACCCCAGGAGCUGCCCCACGUCCCCCCCUGCUCAGCCCCUCAGCAGCCCCCGGGGACGAGGGGACUCUGUCAACACCCAAGGAACGCAGACCCUCCCAAAGCCCGGCUCAGCAGUGAAAGACUCGAGCCAGCAGACAGACUGGGGAAUUGCAGUUUUAAAUAAGGAAAUGGUGCAGCUCUCCAACUACCUGAAGGAGGCCCUGCACCGUGAGCUGCUGCUCAAGCAGAAGAUGGUGAUUUUACAGGAGCUUUUAUCCACUCUGCUCGAGGCAUCAGAGAAAUCCUGGCAGGGUCAGCUGAAUGAAGACAAACUGAGGUGUAAACUACGGGUGCUGGAAAAUCAGCUGCAGGCCUGCACCCAGAGUUACUCAAAGGAGUGUGUGAAGAAGAUCCUGAUUGAGAUGGAGGACCAGAAGCAGACCUAUGAGCAGAAGGCAAAAGAGGCUCUUCAGAAGAUGCUGGAGGACAAACUCCAAACAGAGCAGCAGCUGCAAAACUCUCAGAGAAGCCUGGCAGAGACACGAGAGGACCUCGACUUCUGGAAAGAGCACGAUGCCACACUCAAAGCCGAACUGAGCAGGGUGACCACAGCACACACCGAGCUCAAAAACAGCUUCCAGAUUUUACAGAGUGACCUCCAGCGGGCGGAAGCGCAGAACGAGCGGCUGAGCCGGGAGCUGCAGGAGCUGCGGGACGAGCGCUCGGAGCUGCUGCACACAGCCAGCGCCCUGCGCAGCGACAACGACCGCCAGGCCAGCCUCAUCCGCCACAUCCAAGAUAAAUUACAAAAAGAACAAGAGCAGAAGGUAACGCUGGAGGAAACAAUCAGCCAUUUACAGAACUUGAUCCACAACCAGAACAACCAAAGGAAGAGCCAGGAGGUGACGGUGCAAAGGAAAGACCAGGUUUUCACCACACAGACCCCACCUCUCACUCCUGCCAAGGAGAAACAAAACGCUCUGUUAGAGCACCCCGAGGAGGAGGAGGGAACAGAAAGUCUGCAGGAUGAGAUGCAGAGAAGGACAUCCCAGCUCACAGCAAAGGAGAACGAGUGCUCGGAGCUGCGCUCGGAGCUGGAGGCGCUGAGCGAGGAGUACCAGUCCUGCCUGACCCGGCUGCGCCAGUGCCGCGCCGAGCUCAACCGCUCCCAGGGCAGCCAGGCACAGAGACAGCGCGGUCCCUGGAUCCCUCUCCUGGUGGCAGUGGCAGCAGUGGCCAUCGCCGCCUUCCUGGCCACUUACAGGCUGUGAAGGAGCUCCUCGGUGACUGACUUCACUGCAGGAACUGACCUCUGCUUCCCCAAAACCUGACCUCACCUUCUGCUGUUCUGUAUGUACACACUGGGUCCGUAUCCUGAGCUGGUCUCACUCCAGACAAGUCCCAGUGACCACGGGGACUCGGCUGCUGUGGUUCCUCUGUUCCUGCUGGAGCCUGCACUGCCCAGACCCCAAGGCAUGGGGGGCAAAGCCCCUCUGGCUCCGCUGCCGUGGCUGGCACAGGGAGAGAGGGACAGGGCAUCCUGUGGCAUUGGCAUCCAGCCUGCCCGAGCUCCAUGACCCUCAAGUUCUCCUCCUGUAUUUAUUGCUUCCCUAAAUGGGAGGAACUCGAUCCUGGGCCAUCCCUACUCUUACCUGAUAAAGAAACCCAGCUCAGGGGGGCUCCAGCACAGUCCCCUCGUGUGUCCUGAGCAAUUCUCCCACCUCACACCCACCAGGCCCUGCUCGAUCCCACUCCUCCAGCCCCUCUUGUGGCCGAGCAUCCCCACAGCCACACCUGCUUCCCUUUCACUGCCACCCCCACAGGAAUCCAUCAGAGACAGGGCUUUAAAGUCCCUUUUGCAGCUGCACCGUGCAGGUUUUACAGCAGCACUUGCCCCCCAUUCAUGUGCAGGCUCAGACACCACACAGGCCAUGACACCACCUCCCACGGGAAGGAAAUAAACCUGAAAUACACAUGCAAUAUACACGUUGUAAAUACACAUGUAACUUACAUUAAACUUCACUAAUUCAAA